AUGACAGGACACCUCACUCUGAGAAGACACCAAAAUUCUGUCCGGGAUUAUAACACUGCUGUGAACGUCAUCAGAACAGAGCCCAUUAAUUGUGUGCUGGGGCUCCACUGGACUCAGUUGGGCCAGUUGAGUAUGAGGUCCCAUGCCUGCACCGUGACUUUCCUCCUGCCUGUUGCUCUUUACCUCUAUCUGGCUCCUGUGUGUUGGGCUGCUGCACUCCCUAGCUCCUGUGGCGUCAUCUACAAGAGCUUUGCUCAGUGUCUCCUCACUCUGGGGGACAGUCUGGGUGACACACAGAAAGAGCAGAGCACACAGGACAUUGACACAGUCUGCAGAUCAUGGGAUGCAUUCCAUGUGUGUGCGAAUGCGGCACUUGCCGGUUGUCCUGGAGACGCAGCGGCUGUGUGGGAGUCUCUGAGGCAAGAGUCUAGGAAGACACAGUUUUCUGGAAACCUCUAUGACAUGUGUGCCAGCCGCACCAUACUGGCACCCAAUACAGUGCCCGUGCCACCCUCCCUGAGCCCACCAACAUCAGACCAGACCAAUCAAGAAACUCUAAAAGGGUACACGCAUCACCUUGGACCCGCCUACACCACGCUUCUGCUCUCAGCAUGCAUCUCUCUACUGCUCCUUCUCAGGAUGUAG